UCCUUGGUUGAUUUUAUUGUUUAACUCGUUUGUUGGAUUUGGGCAACGAUUGCGUGCGGGCAUCAAGCAUGACACAAUGCGCCGGUGUCUUUUCUCCUUAACUCUUGCUCCUCGUCGGGUCCGUGAAAAGUGGUGGAUUUGCCCCAAGUGGAGCCUCUGCGAUGCUUACUCCACCAUGGGACGGGGUGCAGUGAUUCUCAAAGGAGAGGCAUCCCGAGAAAGUGAAGUGACGGCGGUGCAGUGAGCGCCCACCCGCUGCUUUUGAUGCCUCCUCCGACGUGGAGCUUGUCGCUGUCCGACGCGCGACCGGUGCUGAAAUUUGGAUGAUGCCUGGCCAGCGUCUGCAAGGCUGCCGCUCCCUGCACUUGAACGAGGACAACGGCCGCUUCGUGCUGCUCGCCCUCCUCAUCAUCCUUUACCUGCUGUGCGGCGCCGCGGUCUUCUCCGCCAUCGAGCGGCCCUCCGAGCUGCGGGUUCACGGCCGCUGGAACGGGACGCUCCGCAACUUCAGCGAGACCUUCAACAUCAGCCUGGGGGAGCUUAACUCUUUCCUGCGGCAGUACGAAGCGGCCAUCGCCGUUGGGAUCAGAGCUGAUGCUCUCAGACCACGAUGGGAUUUUACAGGGGCUUUUUACUUUGUUGGAACUGUGGUGUCAACAAUAGGUUUUGGAAUGACAACACCUGUGACAGUUGCAGGCAAAGUGUUCUUGAUCUUCUAUGGGCUCCUGGGCUGCGCUGCCACCAUCCUCUUCUUUAAUCUCUUUUUGGAGCGUAUCAUCACACUGCUCGCCGUUGUCAUGAAAGCUGUGAGGGAAAGGCGAAUCAGAAACAGCGGCCUCCUCCCACCGGGGGUUCAGCGGGACUUCUCGGCUUUCUGUCUCCCCGGGUGGAAACCCUCGGUUUACCAUGUAAUGCUGAUUCUAGGCCUAUCAGCUAUCACCAUCUCCUGCUGUGCUUCGGCAAUGUAUACCCCCGUGGAGGGCUGGACCUACUUAGAUUCACUGUACUUCUGCUUCGUGACCUUCAGUACCAUCGGCUUUGGGGACUUUGUUAGCAGUCAAACAGUAGCUUAUGAAUACCAAGGCCUCUACCGGGUGGCCAACUUCCUCUUCAUGUUAACAGGAGUGUGCUGCAUCUACUCGCUCUUCAAUGUCAUCUCCAUUGUUAUCAAGCAGGUGCUCAACUGGAUGCUGGAGAAGAUGAGCUGCUUGUUUUGCCAGCGUUGCAAUAAAGCCAGCACCUUCCUGGGUAGACGUAAUGCCAUCCGGCCGGGUUCCAAGGGUCGCCAUCCGCCAUACAUGGAAGGACCGUGUGACAGUGACACUGAGGGACGCAGAAUGUCUGGGGAGAUGAUAUCGAUGAAAGACUUGGCUGCUUCCAACAAGGUGUCGCUGGCCAUCAUGCAGAAGCAGCUUUCUGAGUCAGCCAACGGGUAUCCCAGGACAGUGUGCGGCACCUCACGCCACAACGGUUUCUCUGGGGGAGUGGGUGCCUUGGGCAUCAUGAACAACAGACUGGCAGAAACCAGUAACUCCAGGUAGAGGAUUACCAAGACACUGUGAGAGCACAUGUGGUUGAAGAAACCCUGUUUGGAAGUCAACAGGUUAAAAGCCAAACCCACGGGACUGUUUGGAUUAAUGUGGUUUGAAUUUCCACUGUGACGACAGGGAUCCUUGACUAGUAAAUGUUGAUGCCAUAAAGAGACAUCAAGCAGCAGGGUAAAUUACUCCGGACAAGUGACAACCACCAAACACGCAAAAUGGGAUCUGCACGCUCUGUCCAUGGGAAUGACACAUAAUAGGGCCAAGGGAAGCAUAUGGAGCAAUGUCGGAUGUCUGUUUGUAUGUAUAUACGAAUGUCCAUAAUCAGUGAUGAUACUAACAUUUAAGACGCAGUAUAAUAACUGGAUGUUACGGCCCAUACCAAUCUAUGCAUUAUACAUCUCAUGCAUCAUUUUUUGCACCAUGUCUAUACUUUCUCUUGACUUGACGUGUUAUCUUGAUGUAAGAGUGGCAGAAAAGGAAUUUAUAAGCAUGAUGUAGCAGAUUUGUUGGGGCUGCACUGGGAGGAGUUUCCACCAAAAGGCAUCAAAGAGACAUCGUGCUUUUCUCUCUUGCUCGCAGUGGAGAAAAGACCGCGGUUUACAGAACGAAAGUCCAUUUCUCAAGAGAGUCACCGGCCUUCUUAUCAGCUCUAAACACGCUUCUGUGGCCAAAGACUUUGACUUCAAGGGUAAGAGAGGUACCUUCCAACGUUCCCUCUCUUCGCUAACAGCUGUGUGUGGAAAGGAAAACAAAUGUUCAAGACUUGCAAUGUAUGAAACACUCUUGUACCGAGGAAAUGUACAUGUGAAAAAAAACCAACAACAAAAAAAUAACCCAAUAAAUGAGAUGUAAGUUUUUGUUUGUGGGAAGGCGAUGUGAAGGAGGUAAGUGGGUUUCGACUGCAGGCACAUUAUAUGCUGAAUGAUGCACAUUGAAGGAAGCUAGGCCAGUCUAAAGUGGGAAACAAAACCCUGAAGGAUUCACUCAGUCGCAUUGAUUUCUCCUUUUCUGGGUAUUUGCUGCUUUCGUCAAGGGAGGUAUCAUUGCAGAUUCAUGUAUCUCUUUCUCUCUCUCUCUCUUUCUCUCUCUCUCUCUCUCUCUCUCUCUCUCUCUCUCUCACUCUCUCUCUCGAAAACAAAUGUGACCCAAAAGCCUGCAGAGCUUGAUCUUCUUGCUGCUUUCAGUCUUAAUGUGCUGGCGAGGAUUAAUGGCUCAGGAUGUUUGGAGAGUAUAUUGUGCCACCUUGUCAGACUUCCCGAUCAAUGUCCUUAUUGCCGGCGAGUGUCUUCUCCGAGGCAUCCGUGAUUUAAAGCUGCACGAUUAUGUUUGAUGUCCGCAUACAGACACAAAGGAGGUUUACAGAAAAGGGGUGGCGGGCACUGGCAGCAGGGGCAAUAAAAGAUUCCUGUCAGGUCCAGAUUCAUGCCACUGCAAAUCAAUAGCCACAGGCUCGGUCUUUCCUGGCAGAUUUGAGUUCUGGAAAAUCCCGAGCCACAUGGAUCACACAUAGCACCAUAGCUUCAUGUUUCCUUGGCUUACCUUUCCGCUCAUGAUCAUCUGCCUCAUUGUCAACACAAGAGUAAAUAAGCACAUUUCACAACCUCAUCAGAUUAACAUAGACAUCAGCGUGUAAAUAUUUUUUUUUUUUACAUUUAUGUCGGAUGUACAGUCUCACACUUUGAUAUUACAGCAUAAACACAGGUAGAAAAUUGGGUCCACAUUUAUGUUUUGAC